AUGAGCUCCCUCGGAGCGGCUGCAGCGGCCCAAGGCCGCGGAAUCAGGACUGUUGAAAAGCCGGCUGAAGAUUAUCAGGUUGUUUUGCCGCAUCUGCCCACAGGUGAAUCAGUUUUGAAUACCGUUUUUUUGCACGGUUGCCUAAAGGCACGGCCUUAUCGUGUAGAACAUUUCCGAGACGCCCUUGACAAGAUGUCGCUCCUGCCCGAGGUGGUUGCCCUAGGGGCGUACCAGAUGAAUCACCUGUGGGCAGUAACGUUUAAAGACGAGGAAGGGAAAAAGAAGAUGCUUGCAACAGAGGCCAUUGCUGUCAAGGAUGAGCGCUGCAUGGUCAUUGACCCUUGUGACCGAGGCGUUCGACUGAAGCUUUACUGGUUACUGCAUGGUGUGCCCGACGACGACGUGCGAACGGCAUUGGCACCCUUCGGAAAGGUGACAGAAAUUUCACGAGACAAAUGGAAGGUGAAAGGCUGCAUGGAUAAAGGGUCAACCGCACGCUCAGUAACCUUGAAACUGAAAGUGGGCGUUUCCGUUGAUGAUUUGCCUCAUGAGCUGCGAGUCGCUGAAGAUGUCGCACUCGUUCACGUCCCAGGCAGAGCCCCGCUCUGCCUCCGAUGCCGCGGCAUCGGUCACAUACGUCGCGAGUGCCGUGUUCCACGUUGCGGGCUCUGUCGUCGCUACGGCCACGACGAGACCCAGUGCGUGCGCUCCUAUGCAAGCGUAGCAGGCCCGGCUCGGGGAGACGCAUUGUCCGAGCACAUGAUGGAUGCAGCUGAUUCAGAAGAAGCCACGCGAGGACAUAGCGAAGAAAGGCAAAUGACGGCACUGGUAGGUUUGCACACUCCGUGA